AUGGAUGAGGAGCGUCUCUGCCCAUCCUCCUCCUCCGGACCCGCGCCUCUCUCCUUCUCCGAGGCGGCGUCAUGCACGAUUCUCGAGCUACCGUCCUUCGAAGUCCCGGAGCAGUGGCUGCUGGCCGAUGUCAUGGCGGCGGGCGAGAACGAGAACGAUGAUGUUGGCGCCUAUUACCUGGUGGAGACGCCGACGCCGACGCCGGCGGCGGCAGGCGGCGUGCUCUCCCCAGCAGACUCGGAGCUCUCCAAGCUGAUCCUCCCGAGCCCCUCGGCACCGGCGGCGCCGCGGCGGGGCCGGAAGCCAGGGCCGCGCGCCGCCGCGGGGGCCGCGGCCGCAAGCCACGUGGAGUCCGAGCGGCAGCGCCGCGAGAAGCUGAACCGCCGGUUCUGCGAGCUCCGCGCCGCCGUGCCCACCGUGUCGCGCAUGGACAAGGCCUCCCUGCUCGCCGACGCGGCGCGGUACAUCGCCGAGCUCCGCGCCCGCGUGGCGCAGCUCGAGGCCGACGCCGACGCGAGGCACCACGCGGCCCUGGCGAGGUGGGAGCCGGCCAGCGCCGGCGGAGAUGACGCGGGCGCGGCCGUCGGCGGGGAGCUGUACGUGCGGAAGGUGGGGCGCGACGCGGCCGUGGUGCGCGUGACGAGCGGCGCGCGCCACGCGCCGGCGUGGCUGAUGGGCGCGCUCCGGUCGCUGGAGCUGCAGGUGCAGCACGCCUGCGUGAGCCGCGUGCACGGCGUGACCACGCAGGACGUGCUCGUGAACCUGCCCGACGGCGCCGCCGCGCUGCAGGACCAUGACGGCCUACGCGGGGCUCUGCUCCAGAAGGACAGCAUGUUUCUCUUCGUUCUAAGCCGCCCUGCCAUGCUUCGGACAGCACAAGCGCAGUCUGUGGCAAUCCGCACCCUCCUGAUCAUGAGGUCCGCUGCAAGGGCUAGGCCUUCACGGCACGCCAGCACUUCCGCCGUCUCCGGGUCGGAUAUGCCCUUCAUCACUAGGGCCGACGCUCCCAUGAAAGCGCCCGCCCCAUCCCUCGCCACCGCCGCCAUCGCCACAAUAUCAGAAUUCUUCGAAAAUGCGGCGUCGACAUUUACCUUCAUCAGGCCUUGUGAGGGCGGAAUCCAUUUGGGAGCUGCAGCAGGUGCACAGCCCGCACCCGCGUCCCCCUUCCUCUCCACUGUCAGCAUAGCCGUCUCCAAGUCUGCAAUAAACCUCUCUAUGAAGCUGUGA